AUGUGCAUUUUAAGACCUCAAGCUUAGGGAGACAUUCGUUUUUUACUAUAAAAUAGUAGCUAUCUAAUAACUUUGAAUAUAAAAAUAUAAAUGGUAGGAAGGUUUAAUUUUUAAAUGAUUGAUAAAUAAGAAAUAAGGAUAAUAAAAUAAACAGUAUGA